AUAAACUGAAGCAAGACCAAAGAAAGAACUUCCUGGCACUGAAGGUGGUUGGCCCAUUUGACUCAGAGCAGCCCACGACCUGGCACCGGCUGCCAUGGGCUCUGCGGGGAGCCGGCGCCUCAGGGAACCCAGCAUGGCGGGCACGCCUGACCACACCCGGGUGACACGCUUCGGCCUCGACAGUUACCAGCUGGAGGAGGAGGAGGAGGUGCUGGGGACAGCCGAGCUCCAGGGCAGUGGGGCCAGAGGACUGUCGGCCUUUAUGGACGCCGCGGUGGAGGAGCCAGUGCCCGAUGACCGCUAUCACGCAAUCUACUUCGCCAUGCUGCUGGCCGGCGUGGGCUUCCUGCUGCCCUACAACAGUUUCAUCACCGACGUGGACUAUCUGCAUCACAAGUACCCAGGGACCUCGAUCGUGUUUGACAUGAGCCUCACCUACAUCUUGGUGGCGCUGGUGGCCGUGCUCCUGAACAACGUCCUGGUGGAGAGGCUCAGCCUGCAUACCAGAAUCACCGUGGGCUACCUCUUGGCCUUGGGCCCCCUCCUCUUCAUUAGUGUCUGUGACGUGUGGCUGCAGCUCUUCUCCCACGGCCAGGCUUAUGCCGUCAACCUGGCCGCCGUGGGCACUGUGGCCCUUGGCUGCACAGUGCAGCAAUCGAGCUUCUACGGGUACACGGGGAUGCUGCCCAAGCGGUACACACAGGGGGUGAUGACUGGGGAGAGCACGGCGGGGGUGAUGGUGUCACUGAGCCGCAUCCUCACCAAGCUGCUGCUGCCGGACGAGCGAGCCAGCACGCUCAUCUUCUUCCUGGUCUCCGCGGGCCUGGAGCUGCUCUGCUUCCUGCUGCACCUGCUCGUGAGGCGCAGCCGCUUCGUGCGCUACCACACCUCGCGGCCCCGCGACGGCCGCCCGGACAGCAGGGCCGGCCCGGCCCGGGGCCCCCGCUACCGCGUGCACCACGACGUCGCCGCCGAGGACGUCCACUUCGAGCACCAAGCCCCGGGCCUGGGGGGCAGUGGGCCCCUGAAGGACAGCCCGGCCCACGAGGUGACCAGCGGGGGCGCCUACGUGCGCUUCGACGUGCCGCGGCCGCAAGCCAAGCGGAGCUGGCCCACGUUCAGAGCCCUGCUGCUGCACCGCUACGUGGUGGCCCACGUCAUCUGGGCAGACAUGCUCUCCAUCGCGGUCACCUACUUCAUCACGCUGUGCCUGUUUCCCGGGCUGGAGUCCGAGAUCCGCCACUGCGUCCUGGGCGAGUGGCUGCCCAUUCUCAUCAUGGCCAUCUUCAACCUCUCCGACUUCGUGGGCAAGAUCCUGGCAGCCCUGCCGGUGGACUGGCGGGGCCUGCACCUGCUAGCCUGCGCCUGCCUGCGCGUCGUCUUCAUCCCCCUCUUCGUGCUGUGCGUCUACCCCAGCGGUGCCCCCACCCUGCCCCACCCAGCCUGGCCCUGCGUCUUCUCUCUGCUCAUGGGGAUCAGCAAUGGCUACUUCGGCAGCGUGCCCAUGAUCCUGGCGGCCGGCCGGGUGAGCCCCAAGCAGCGAGAGCUGGCAGGGAACACCAUGACAGUGUCCUACAUGGCCGGGCUGACACUGGGCUCAGCCGUGGCCUACUUCACCUACAGCCUCACCCGGGACACCCACCACAGCUGCUCCCACCCGACAGCCACCAACAGCUCCCUCCCCUCGGGCCCCUGAGCCAGGCCCGGGGUCCCCGGGGCGUCCACCCCUGCCAAGGCCUGAGGGGACCCCUGCCCCGCCCCAGCCUGCAGUGCCUGCGGGGGCCCCCCGCCUCCUUCCCAUGCUGCCCGCUCCGGGUCAACCUUCGUCCCCCCAG